AAAAACGACGAAAAUGGAACUAAAACGAUCAACACCCGCCAUCGUCUGUCACAUUCUAUGAGAGUCAACAGACUCAAAUGGCGAUGAAAGCAAAAAUAAGUAGAAAUAAGGAGCAACGACAUGCCUUCUGUUCAACCAAUGCACCUAAAUAGUGUGUUGAUAGCUAUAAAUCGAAAGUGGGAAAGGAGAAAACGGCAUCGUGUGAGGAUGAAAUGGGAGUACAAAUUGACCCAGAGCCCGCCGCCUCCCGCUGAAGGAUAAAUAAAUAAGUGUGCUGUUGGUUAAAAGCUGCUGUAGGCCUUUAGUGGGAGCUAAUCCAGUUCUGAAAGGGUUUUUCCUCCCGGCUGCUUCAGACUGCAUUCACACUGUACGAGCUUCAUCUGCAUCACAACACAUUCAGAUCAGGCUAAUAGCAUUACCGGGUCUCGCCGGGUUGUUAUUCCUGCCACCAUCAUUGUCAUUAUUAUUAGCUUCAACUUUGCCUCAGUCCUACAACGGCGGCUCAACGCUAAACUCAUUUUCUACUUUGGUAAUUUAGAAGAAAAGAAAUGCACUGUUGCAUGGUGACAGUUUUACAUAAGCAUCUCAUAUGUGAAAUACAGAAGCCCAUUAAAUCUGACUUGUUCAUUUCAUUCAUAUUAAUGAAGAAAAGCUGAAUGUUGGAGUGAAGAUGCCGGCAGCACACGUUGCAUCAGCUGAGAUUAGCUGAUGCAUGGAGCAUCAGGGAAUCUUAUUCACAUGGAAAAACACUUCUUACUUCUAAUUGGAGGCCAGUUUAAAUCCUUCCCUCUCUUUAAAACCAGCACUCAGCGUCAUCCCUUCCUGUCAGUUUUCCAUGGACCACCAAGGCAGUGUGAAGGAUUUCCACUGACACCAAGAUCAUUAAUGACACAUUUCUGACCUUUCAGGUUUAUUUGCUUGUCAGUGAAAUUAAAGAAAUGCCUCGGCUCUCCGUCACAGGCAUAAUGGAAGGCGCUGUGACUCCCUCGGAGGAAGAACGCCACUCGGCAUUUUACAUCAAUCGGAUUCUGGAUUCGGAUCAGGAAAACCCUGGGAAGAGUCUGAGACUACACCGACCCUGGACAGAAUGUGAAGCAGAGAGGGGGAACAGAGAGAACGGUUUCUGCUGUGAACAAACCAUUUGUCACCGAGCUCCGCCGCAGAACCGAACCGGACCCAAGCUAAGCUGGUACACUGGGCGACGGCCGCGCACAGCCUUCAGCAGCAGCCAGGUGAACGCUCUGGAGACGGCGUUCCGAGUCGACUGCUAUCCAGGAAUCCAGCUGAGGGAGCAGCUGGCGGGGAGGCUGGACCUGGACGAGGACCGAAUCCAGAUCUGGUUCCAGAACAGACGGGCAAAACUGAGGCGUUCACUCAGAGAGACCCGACUGCGGCUGGUUCAGACGGCCAUGACGUCGCUGAAAUCGAGGCCGGAGGUCAGAGGUCGCCAAGAGGAGCCGUCGCGUCACCGUCCUCCUCACUGUGAUGCAGAGGAUGAGUGAUCGAGUUCUCGCUGUCUGCAGGAGGUGUUCAUAUCUGCAUUAAUAUUCAUCAGCGCGAUUUGCUGGAAACCUCUCUACACACCAGGGGAACGACAGGGACGCAAACGGCUGUUUUAUCCUCCCGUCGCCACAAUUUGCCGGGAAUGUUGAGCCGGUCUUAUUUAAAAGCAGGAAUGACUUGAGCUCAUGCAAACCUUUGGAUUUUGUGAACCCGUUAUUUCUCGGUUUGAUGACUCGGACCUUCUGAGCAGCUGUGUACGUCACUGAAUCAGGAAUAAAAAAAAUACUUUGCAUUUUUCUCUGCGUUUUUAAUCACACAUUUUCACCGACACCCUCUUUGUUAAAGAAUGAGACAACUGCUUAAUGCAUGACAUUUUCCGCAGGAUU